AUGAGGAAUAAAAGCGUUACUUUUAAUAGAGCAGUAAAAUACAUCAUUUAUAUCUGUAGUUUACGAAAAACUCCGUACUGGAAGUUGCGAGUCACAAAUCUGCUGUUAGCAUCAGAUGUGUUAACGAGCAUCACCACGGAUAAUUCUUUUAUCAACAUCUUACAAUGGUUCUUUGAAAUUAACGUACAUAAGAACCGUUCAUGGAUAAUAUACAAUAAAGCCUGGACAAGUCAUCAAAAGUUACGUUACACCAACUGUUCUUUGUCAUUUUUUUCAAAACUAAAUCUGAUACCUCGAAUCAAUUUGAUAAAAAAAGUACUAAAUAGCGCUCAACAUGGUACAUGUUGGUGCAAUGAGCCUGAAAUAUAA